CUUUUUUUUUCCGAGGUGGUUCCCUCGACCAGUCCUUUGAUUAGUCUGAGUUUGAGUGACAGCCAGGCAGUUAAUGGCAACACUGACAGUGUAGCGUGACGAGAUUGACUCGGUGUAGCUAGCGAACCCGUUUUGUUCAAGAGAUACGGCAACAUUUGUCUUCUAACUAUAAUGCAUUACUAAGUAUCUCCCGGGGUAUAGGCGAAACAUUAUCUGCAGACAGUGUGUUUGUUGCGAGAAUAUCGUAAGCUAACAGUUGGCUAGCUAAGAACAGUGCAAUGUUUUGAACGUCGAUGACACCAUAGUUAGUUGUGCACUGCUGCAUACCUUCGUUUAUUGCUAGCUAAUUAUAUAAUUUAGGUAACUUAGCUACAUUAUACCAAACGUAUCACUUUUUAGAGAUGGACAACGUUACUUCAUCGUCACACCAUGCAUAUGAAUCAGAGGGCCAGGGGCUCAGACCACCAUACAGGAGGCGGACGGUGGAGGACUUCAACAAGUUCUGCACCUUUGUGUUGGCAUAUGCAGGCUAUAUCCCAUAUCCCCAGGAGGACUCUCCUCUGCGUAGUAGCUCCAGCCCCCCCAACAGUACAGGCAGUACAGCAGACAGUGAUGGCUGGACCCCUGUCCCUGAAACCCCCUCUUGCCCCCCGCGGCCCCCCAUACCCCCGCAGGACAAGAACAGGAAACGACCCCAUCCCACGGGAAUCCACCCUGUGGCCUCACUAUCCAGCCAUGUUAUGAAAAAUCAUGGCCAUUUAGCAUCCUCCCUGCACCCAGAUGACCGGAGGAAAGCCAACAAACUGAAGAAGAGGAGGAAGGACUGGGAGAGCCAGGCCGGCGAGCCGAGCUCUGCACAACAGGCCUACGCAAUGAGCCCAGAGCCACAGUUCCCCCUGCCCCUGGAAGGACGACCAAUCAAAGACGAGCCUGAGGAUGACUUCUUCAUCCCCCUCCACCCUUCGUCUCCUCACCGCCUGCCUAGCCCCUCUCACUUCAAUAACUCCUCCCCCUGUAAGCAGGAGCACAAUGAGGAGUGGGAGUGCUGGGCGGGACAGGGGCUGGUGGAGGGCAUGGUGGAGAGUGUGGAGGGUUUUACUGGGAACAGGACGGUGAUCCGACAGGGGAAACAGGUGGUGUUCCGAGACGAGGAUGGCUCCGGAGAGGACGAGGACAUCAUGGUGGACUCCGAUGAUGACUCGUGGGACCUGGUGACGUGUUUCUGUAUGAAGCCGUUUGCAGGCCGGGCCAUGAUUGAGUGUAACCAGUGUAACACGUGGAUCCACCUGUCCUGUGCUAAGAUCAGGAAGUCCCACGUUCCUGAGACUUAUAUGUGUCAGAGCUGCAGAGACACACUGGGCCUGGCAGACACCCGCCGCUCAUACCGCUCACGCAUUGGCCCCCGCAGACACCUUCUUGACUGACCCCAUUGCAAACCCCUUCACCCCUCUCACCUGCAUUUAGACCAUGCCGCAUACGGUUCUAACCCCAACCCGGUCCUGUAACCCAUGCCCCAGGCCAGCCCUUUCCUUUUGUCCCUGACCCCAGUCCUACCCCAUGCCCCAGGUCCUUUUCCUCACCCCUAUUGCGUCGACUAAGCCUACUAGCCGUCCCUCGGGUUUUCAACACCCCCAAACUAAACCAAUCCGAGUGCUAUUUAAGAUUUAUUAUAAAUUUUACAGUUUCUCUCUGCUUCCUUCCGGACUCUGUGUGCGUAAGUCAAUCACUGAAUGUCUGUUUGUAAUACAAUAGUUGACCAGUAGGGUUGGACUCUGUAGUCUAGUCUGGCUGACCGGUUAGCUCAGACUGGAUAGAGACUAGCUACGCAUUUCGCAUGAACAGUGUAAACCUGUCUUCACUCUUAAACUGUCGGGGAGAAUGACCUAUAGAGCUGCCACCCAACGGUGUGAAUUUUGGGACGUUGCCUUUUUCACUAAUUUCAUGCGUUAAAGGGGUGUGUUGACUUGCCAACCCCUUCUCCUCCCUCAACCACCCUCUCAACUAGGUGGUUGGUACGUUUGUCUGUCUGAGGGAAGCCUUUGUCUAAAGCCUCAAGCAGAGGGUCUGUAGAUAAUGAUGUCCAGUUCUAUACUGAACAAAAAUAUAAAUGCAACACACUGAGUUAGUUCAUAUAAGGAAAUUUGUCAAUUGAAAUAAAUGAAUUAGGCCCUAAUCUAUUGAUUUCACAUGACUGGGAAUAUGGAUAGGAAUCUGUUGGUCACUUUUUUUUUAAGUAGGGGCGGGGAUCAGAAAACCAGUUAGUAUCUGGUGUGACCACCAUUUGCAUCAUGCAGCGCAACACGUCUCCUUCGCAUAUAGUUGAUCAGGCUGUGGAUUGUGGAAUGUUGUCCCACUACUAUUCAAUGGCUGUUCGAAGUUGCUGGAUAUUGGCGGGAACUGGAACGCUCUGUCGUACAUGUCGAUCCAGAGCAUCCCAAACAUGCUCAAUGGGUGACAUGUCUGAGUGUGCAGGCCAUGGAAGAAUUGGGACAUUUUCAGCUUCCAGGAAUUUUGUACAGAUCAUGGGGCCGUGCAUUAUCAUGCUGAAACAUGAGGUGAUGAAUGGCACGACAAUGUGCUUUGGCACGGUAUCUCUGUGCAUUCAAAUUACCAUCGAUAAAAUGCAAUUGUUUGUUGUCCGUAUUUUGUGCCUGCCCAUACCAUAACCCCACCGCCACCGCCUCUGUUUACAACCUUGACAUAAGCAAACCGCUCGCCCACACAACACCAUACAUGUGGUCUCCGUUUGCAAGGCCUGUUGGACGUACUGCUAAAUUGUCUGAAAUUACGUUGGAGGCGGCUUAUGGCAGAGAAAUUAACAUUCAAAUAUCUGGAAACAGCUCUGGUGGACAUUCCUGCAGUCAGCUUGCCAAUUGCACGCUCCCUCAAAACUGCGUUGUGACAAAACGGCACAUUUUAGUGGCCUUUUAUUGUCCCUGGCACAAGGUGCACCUGUGUACUGAUUAUGCUGUUUAAUCAGCUUCUUGAUAUGCCACAUCUGUCAUGUGGAUGUAUUAUCUUGGAAAAGGAGAAAUGCUUACUAACCGGAAUGUAAAUUAAUUUGUGGACAAAAUUUGAGAGAAAUAUGCUUUUUGUGCGUAUGGAACAUUUUUGGGAUCUUUUAUUUCAGCUCAUGAAACAUAGGACCAACAUUUCACAUGUUGCAUUUAUAUUUUUGUUCAGUACAGAUAAACGGAACACGUUCAACUCUUUCUUUCAAUAGACAGAGCUUGAAAUGGUGCUCUAGACCACCAAGGAAUUAUCCCAUACUACAAAGAUGUAAAAGAGGCAUCACUUGAUGCGUUUCAUAUCAACACUUCUCCAUCAAGUGAAUGCUGGCCAUAGACAACCUAUAGUCGUGGCCAAAAGUUUUGAGAAUGACACAAAUAUUAAUUUCCACAAAGUUUGCUGCUUCAGAGUCUUUAGAUAUUUUUGUCAGAUGUUACUAUGGAAUACUGAAGUGUAAUUACAAGCAUUUUUUAAGUGUCAAAGGCUUUUAUUGACAAUUACAUGAAGUUGAUGCAAAGAGUCAAUAUUUGCAGUGUUGAUCCUUCUUUUUCAAGACCUCUGCAAUCCGCCCUGGCAUGCUGUCAAUUAACUUCUGGGCCACAUCCUGACUGAUGGCAGCCCAUUCUUGCAUAAUCGAUGCUUUGAGUUUGUCAGAAUUUUUAGGUUUUUGUUUGUCCACCCGCCCCUUGAGGAUUGACCACAAGUUCUCAAUGGGAUUAAGGUCUGGGGAGUUUCCUGGCCAUGGACCCAAAAAUAUUGAUGUUUUGUUCCCCGAGCAGCUUAGUUAUCACUUUUGCCUUAUGGCAAGGUGCUCCAUCAUGCUGUAAAAGGCAUUGUUCGUCACCAAACUGUUCCUGGAUGGUUGGGAGAAGUUGCUCUCGGAGGAUGUGUUGGUACCAUUCUUUAUUCAUGGCGGUUCUUAGGCAGAAUUGUGAGUGAGCCCACUCCCUUGGCUGAGAAGCAACCCCACACAUGAAUGGUUUCAGUAUGCUUUACUGUUGGCAUGACACAGGACUGAUGGUAGCGCUCACCUUGUCUUCUCCGGGCAAGCUUUUUUUCCAGAUGCCCCAAACAAACGGAAAGGAGAUUCAUCAGAGAAAAUUACUUACACAGUCCACAGCAGUCCAAUCCCUGUUCCUUUUGCAGAAAAUCAGUCUGUCCCUGAUGUUUUUCCUGGAGAGAAGUGGCUUCUUUGCUGCCCUUCAUGACACCAGGCCAUCCUCCAAAAGUCUUUGCCUCACUGUGCGUGCAGAUGCACUCACACCUGCCUGCUGCCAUUCCUGAGCAAGCUCUGUACUGGUGGUGCCCCGAUCCUGCAGCUGAAUCAACUUUAGGAGACGGUCCUGGCACUUGCUGGACUUUCUUGGGCACCCUGAAGCCUUCACAACAAUUGAACCGCUCUCCUUGAAGUUCUUGAUAAUCUGAUAAAUGGUUGAUUUAGGUGCAAUCUUGCAGCAAUAUCCUUGCCUGUGAAGCCUUUUUUUUUGCAAAGCAAUGAUGGCACGUGUUUCCUUGCAGGUAACCAUGGUUGACAGAGGAAGAACAAUGAUUCCAAGCACCAUCCUCCUUUUGAAGCUUCCAGUCUGUUAUUCGAACUCAAUCAGCAUGACGGUGAUCUCCAGCCUUGUCCUCGUCAACACUCACACCUGUGUUAAUGAGAGAAUCACUGACAUGAUGUCAGCUGGUCCUUUGUGGCAGGGCUGAAAUGCUGUGGAAAUGUUUUUUGGGGAUUCAGUUCAUUUGCAUAGCAAAGAGGGAUUUUGCAAUUCAUCUGAUCACUCUUCAUAACAUUCUGGACUAUAUGCAAAUUGCCAUCAUACAAACUGAGGCAGCAGACUUUGUGAAAAUUAAUAUUUGUGUCAUUCUCAACUUUUGGCCACGACUGUACAUACACUCGUGUACAAAACCACUCUUUCCAUGACAGACUAGGGAGAAUCCAGUUGAAAGCUAUGAUCCCUUAUAGAUGUCGCCUGUUAAAACCACUUCAACCUGUGUUGAUGAAGAGACAGGUUAAAGAUGAAUCUUUAAGCCUUGAGACAUGGAUUGUGUAUGUGUGCCAUUCAGAGGGUGAAUGGGCAAGACAAAAUAUUUAAGUGCCUUUGAACUGGGUAUGGUAGUAAGUGCCAGGUGCACCAGUUUGAGUGUGUCAAGAACUGCCAUCCAGCCAACUUGUCACAACUGUGGGAAGCAUUGGCGUCAACAUGGGCCAGCAUCCCUGUGGAUGUUUUUCCUGGAGAGACACCUUGUUGAGUCCAUGGCCCGGACAAAUUUUUUGUAUUUAUUUUAUUUAACUAGGCAAGUCAGUUAAGAACAAAUUCUUAUUUACAAUGACUGCCUACCCCGGCCAAACCCUAACCCGGACGACACUGGUCCAAUUGUGCGCUGACCUAUGGGACUCCCAAUCAUGGCCAGUUGUGAUACAGCCUGGAAUUGAACCAGGGUCUGUAGUGACACCUCUAGCACUGAGAUGCAGUGACUUAGACCGCUGCGCCACUCGGGAGCUGCCGAUUUGAGGUUGUUGAUAGGGCAAAAAGGGGGGGUGCAACUCAAUAUUAGGAAUGUGUGCCUAAUGUUUUGUACACCGUGUAUAUAUGACGUAAUUUCUGGUCCCUUUUUCUGUUCAUAGGUUGCACCUCAGUCACUCGGUUGUCAUGCCAUUGGUAUGAACGUUCUAAAGCCGCCCUCUGCUGGCGGCGCCAUAGUGGUGAUAAACCCAAUCAUUCUGCACUAGGCCAACUAUGUUGCCUAAAUGACACUAGCGCCUGGGGAAAGAAGUUGAUAUUGCUAAAGUAGUCAGAUAUUUACAAGGAAAUAUUGUCAUUUCAUCAAAUUUACUUUAGAUAGAUGGAAAUGUUGUCAUUAGCUAGCAAAGUUUGUCAAAAAUAGCUAGCAAUUCUAACGUUAAAUUCCGGUUCCUCAAUUUUAGCUAGCUAGCUAGCUAACGUUGUACUGCAUCUAAAGUCAAUCUGGCGACAUCAGACUGAUGGCAAGGGGGGUUCUACUAAUUAUUUGCCUCCAUUUGAAUGUCAUUGUAUUUCCAAGCCACUGUAUUGCUUUUUUGAUUAAAUCAUCAGCACGUUGACGAUGCAUCGAGUAGUGCUCAGUCGGGCUUCAGUCUGAAACGAACGUUCAAAACAACAUUGUGACGAAACAUCGAAUAGAUUAUUAGAUUAGUUAGUUAUUUUUCCUAGACCAGGGGCUGUACCUGCCGCUGUCCUCUUCAAUCAAAGCUUUUAUCAUCAGUUAGAACAUUGAAGAACAACUAUUUGUGGGAAUUAUUUCCCUGUUUAAAAACGUUCCAGGCUGUUUCCAGAAGCCAUUUCAGUUUUUUCAUGUUCUACAUUUUAUGAAGAGUUCAAAUUAUUUUUCCACAAUAGAGCCAGGUAACUGUUGGAAACAAUCAAUCAUUGAAUUAAGCUCCACUCACAAACACCACCAUGUCGAGAACAGUUUAAUGGUCCUGAACAGACCCCAGUGGGUUAAUGGGUACACAUUGAUGUGGCUUUGAAGAGAGCCCUGGGUGAAGACGGGUUUUGGUGGGUGAAGAAAAUGCAUUAACAUGUGUAUGGUGAGCGAAAGCCAUACGCAGCCAUGUAAAGUGAUGUCAUUGUUACAGUAUAGAAACAAGCCCCUGUCCCCAGGCACUUCAUGUAAAGUGCCCUUGGGAACAGGGGUCAGAGGUUGUUUCUGGACAGCCAUUGUCUCUGCCCUUGGUUCUCAGUCCCCUCAGGUUAGUCCUAUAGGUUAGCGAGCAAUGGGGCCAAUAUAGGAUUUAUUCAGCCAUCAAUCAAUGCAUUAUCAAAACCAUUGCGCAAGUGUCUUAGGGCUCUAUAUAUGGGGUGUGUUUGGCUUCCUGAGCUUUUCCUGACCAUGUGACCCAACCACAAAACAAGUUUUAUAGGCUAUAACGGGGACCCAGAGUUUUUCAUGGUCAGGACAACUCCUGACCCUACACGUCUCCUGGUGUACUCAUUUGCACAAAUCAGUAUUUAAUCUCUCACCUGAUCACUACCAGGCUCGCCAGGGUUUGAUAAUGAUCACUACCAUGCUCGCUGGGGUUUUAUAAUGUAUUUUGGCGUUUAUGGAGAAGUGUCCUUCAAGCUGUUUGCAUUUUGACCGUGUUCGGAAUUUAAGCUUUUUCAAAUAUUCAUGUUUUCACCAGUUGUCAAGUCUAAGCUUGCUGAUGUGUACAUAUUGUUGUUUCUGUCGACAUCAUAUAUAUAGUGCCUUCAGAAUGUAUUCAUACCCCUUGACGUAGUCCACAUUUUUGUUGUUACAGCCUGAAUUGAAAAUGUAUUACAUUUUUUUCUCACCCUUCUACACACAAUACCCCAUAAUGACAAAGUGAAAACAUGUUUUUAGACAUUUUUGCUCAAUUACUGAAAAAUGAAAUUUCAUUUACAUAAGUAUUCAUACUCCUGAGUCAAUACUUUGUAGAAGCAUCUUUGGCAGCAAUUACAGCUGAGAGUAUUUCUGGGUAAGUCUAAGAGCUUUCCACACCUGGAUUGUGCAAAAUUUGCCCAUAUUCUUCAAGAUCUGUCAAAUUGGUAGUUGAGCACUGCUAGACAACAAUGUUCAAGUCUUGCCAUAGGUGUUCAAGUUAAAAUUGUAUCUCGGCCACUCAACGUUCACUGUUGGCAAGGAACUUCAGUGUAGAUUGGGCUUUGUGUUUUAGGUUAUUGUCCUGCUGAAAGGUGAAUUAAUUUACCAGUGUCUGGUGGAAAGCAGACAACCAGGUUUUCCUCUAGGAGUUUGCCUAUGCUUUGCUCUUUUGUUUUAUUUUUCUAUCCUGAAAAACUCCCCAGUCCUUAAUGAUUACAAGCAUACCCAUAACAUGAUGCAGCCACCACUAUGCUUUAACAUGUGCAGAGUGGUACUCUGUAAUGUGUUGUAUUGGUUUUGCACCAAACUUAACACUUUGUAUUCAGGACAAAAAUGUAAUUGCUUUGCCACAUUUUCUGCAAUAUUACUUUGGUGCCUUGUUGUGAACAGGAUGCAUGUUUUUGAAUAUUUUUAUGCUGUACAGGCUUCUUUCUUUUCACUCUGUCAAUUAGGUUAGUAUUGUGGAGUAACUAUCAACAAUGUUGUUGAUCCAUCCUCAGUUUUCUCUUAUCACAGCUAUUAAACUCAGUAACUGUUUUAGUUACUAUUGGACUCACGGUCAAAUUCCUGAGCGGUUUCCUUCCUCAACUUAGUUCGGAAGGACACCUCUGUUUCUAGUGACUGGGUGUAUUGAUAUGCCAUCCAAAGUGUAAUUUAAUAACUUCACCAUGAUCAAAGGGAUAUUCAAUGUCUGUCUUGUCUUUUUUUGCCAUCUACCGAUAGGUGCCCUUUUGCACUGCAUUUUAAAAUAUCCCUGGUCUUUUUUGUUAAAUGUGUUUUGAAAUUCACUUUGAGGGACCUUACAAUUAUCUGUAUGUGUGGGGUACAGAGAUGAGGUUGUCAUUCAAAUUGUUAAACACUAUAAUUGCACACAGAGUCCAUGCAACUUAUUGUGACUUGUUAAACAAAUGUUUACUCUAACUUAUUUAGGCUUGUCAUAACAAGGGGUUGAAUACUUAAUGACUCAAGAUAUUUCAGCUUUUCAUUUUUAAUGAAUUGGUAACAUUUUCUAAACUAUUCCACGUUAACAUUAUGGGGGCGGGGGUGUACCAGUGACAACAUAUCUAAAUGUAAUCUAUUUUAAAUCCAAAAUGUGGAAAAAAGUCACGGGGUGUGAAUACUUUCUGAAGGCACUGUAAGCCAUAGAUCGAUGUCACUGUCUGACUGACUGAUGUUAGACAUACACCUACUGAAUGCUUGUCUGGGCUUUCUAGCAAGCAAGAGCAAUGGGUUGGUUAGUUAUUACUAACUACGGUUAAUAAGAUGAAUAUGGGUUACUGAUAAGUCAGUCAUACUAGAACAAUUUCUUUCUUUAAAAAAAAUAUUUAGGGAAGUUAGAACGCUAACUCAUUGAUCCCGCUUUGUGAAAACCCCUUACUGAGAAUGUGAUGUCUGGUGCAAACUGUUUCUGUGAAACUCUGUAUUGUAAAUAAAGAUUUAAUGAAGAUUUUAACCUCA